CGUACCGCGCGCUCGUCCGUCACACGGUUAUCGUCUGGCCGCCGCGUUACAGUAUAAUAAUUAUUACGUAGUGCAAUUUUUGUUGUUGAAUCGUUGCCGUAAUUCAUCGUUGCCAGUGCGUUUAACCGCCGUACCUUCGCGUUUUGCACCAACACCAGUGUUACACGCGCGUGCGAACGAUGAUGGUGUUGGAUUCGGGACAAGCGUCGCCGUCGUUACGGCUGUACGCCGCGGCCGCCGCGGCUGCGGCCAACGGUUACGGUGGCGGACAGCAGGCCGCCGCAGCGGCCGGCGUCCAAAUGCCGCCACAUCCGCUGUUCCCGCACUUUACCGCCCGGUUUCCGCACGGUAUGGCCACGGCCGCCAGCUUCGCGGCCGGCCUGUCCCCGUUCCUACAGCAGCAUCACGCCGAGCACGCGGCCGCCCAGCGGUACGCCAUGGCGGCUGCCGCGGCCGCCCGGAAUAACGGUGGCCACCUUCCACCGUCAGUGCACCAACAUCACCAGCAGCACCAUCAAUCGCAACACCACCAAAGGCCGUCCAUCGGCGCGGGUCAAGUGGCGUCCGACGGCGGCAAGCGGCGGCAGUCGCAACAACAACACCAGCAGCACCAGCAACAACAACACCACAUAAGGAUACCCAACAACCACUGCAGCGACGAUAGCGCGUCCGAAAGCGGAUCGCCCAAAAAAGGUAUCGACGGCGACAGCGCCGCUGGCAGUUCCGAAGACUUGGCCAACAAGCGGCGGAGAUCCAGGACCAACUUUAACACGUGGCAGCUGGAAGAACUGGAGAGGGCGUUCAUGGCCAGCCACUACCCGGACGUGUUCAUGAGGGAAGCGCUGGCUCUGCGGUUGGACCUCAAGGAAUCCAGAGUGGCCGUAUGGUUUCAGAACCGAAGGGCCAAGUGGAGGAAAAAAGAGCACACCAAAAAAGGACCCGGCCGACCGGCGCACAACGCACAUCCGGUCACUUGUUCCGGCGAACCAAUUCCGGCGGACGAGCUGAGGCGCAAAGAACGCGAACGUCGACAGAAGAAACUGCUCAAGAGCUUGGAGCGACAGCAGAGGAAGUUGGCCGCCAAAGGCGUGCACGUGGACUUGGAGACCUUGCGCAAGGAAUGGGAGUCGCAGCAAGCCAACAAUGCUGCUAAAAAACACGGUCAGAUAAACUGUGGAGUGGGCGGAGGGUCGUCGAACAACGGCAUGGACUUAUCCUUGCACGACUCGUCGAGCUGUUGCAGCGGCCAGACGAGCAGGGACGAGGAAAUCGACGUGGUCGGCGAGGAAGAUCAUCAUAGACGGUUGCACCGGCGCAGCGCCAGCACGACGUUCGACGACGAGGACGACGACGACGACGACGACGACGACGAGGACGAGGACGAGGGCUUGCCGCCGUACGCCCGGGCGGCCGCAGCCGCCGCGGUGGCCGCGGCGUGCCGGGACGAGAGCUGUAGCUCGGACGACGAGCUAUACGGCAGACACCACCUGUACCGGCCGAGGCCGCCGCCGCCGCCCAACGACGAAGAGUCGUCGCCCCUGUUGAACCUGACCACCGCGUCCACGGCGGCCGCCGACAAGGUACGGCGCCUCAACCCGUUCAGCAUCGAGUCCCUGUUGGCGGGCGGCAACCGGCCGUUCAGUCUCACCGCGGCCGCCCGGACCACGAUCGUCCAAAACAAUAACAACAACAACAACAGCAACAACAAUAAUAACAACACGAAACUGUGA